AUGGCUGAAUAUGACUAUGGGUAUACCAGGAAAGAGUUUAUAGCCAUAGCAUCUGACUACGCCAUUCAGUUGGGUAAAAGAACGAAGGAUAACAUCAUGUCUCUAAAGUGGAUUUAUGUUUUUUUAAAGCUCUGGCCAGAACUCAAAGUUCUCAAACCAAGAGCCCUUGAUCAUGCUCGAGCUAAAAUGGCCUCAAAUAAGACCAUCUCGAAUCUUUAUCACAACCUCGAAGAAACAUUUACAAAAUAUGAAAUGACUGAUAAGCCCCACCUGAUCUACAACAUUGAUGAAAAAGGGGUAACAGUUAAUCACAAACCACCAUUCAUCGUAGCCGGUGCUGAUUUCUGUCCUUUAUCUGUCACUUCUGGAAAAGGGCAGAUAAUCACAAUAAUAGGAUGCGGUAAUGCAGCAGGUCAAGCUAUACCCCCAUUUUACAUUUUCCCAGGCCAACGAAUGAAACCUGACUUGUUGAAUGGUGCAGCUCCAGGCUCUAAUGGAACAGUAAGCGAGACCGGAUGGUCCAAUGGUUGCGUUUUUCGCACCUACUUAAAGCAGCAUUUCCUGAAGUUCACCCCAGGAUCUAGUGACCAGAAGAAACUACUGAUACUUGAUGGCCACAGAUCACAUUUUUCAGUUGGUUUGACAGAAUGGGCUCUGGAACACAACAUCAUCAUAUUUGUCCUUCUCCCUCAUUGCAGCUAUAUCCUUCAACCUUUAGAUAUCGGCUGUUUUGGACCGUUCCAGAAGAUGUAUGACAGCCUCUGCCAUCGAAUAAUGCGCCAAACAUCAGCUGUCAUUUCACGCUACAAUGUGUGUGAGGUCGCAUCAAAGGCAUACAUGAAGUCAAUGUCUGCUGAAAUCCUUACUUCAUCAUUUCGCCGUGCAGGCAUAUAUCCGUUUAAUGAAGACGCUGUCCCCAGCCAAUGUCUUAUCCCAGCUGAAGUUUUUCAGCACACCGAGACAGAAACUUCAGACAGCAAGAAAACUGUUGAAGGUGGGAUACAAGUUGAUGGUGUAGACAUGUUUCACAGAAAGAAAGAACAUUAA